AUGCAGCGACCAUCGGAUACGGUAGCUACAGUGUGCCCGCCAUUGCGCGAUAUUGAUUCUGUUAGCGGAAGCUUACAAAAUACGCGCACCUCGAUCAAGCCGCCGCAAGUAUCCAUUCCGCGUUUUUCGGGAAAUGCUGAAGAUUUCCAAGAGUACUGGGCCAUAUUUCAAGCUGUAGUUCAUGAGAAUUCGUCCCUGAACAAAAUGGAAAAAAUGAUCUUGCUAAAAGGAAGCCUAGUUGGAAGAGCAGCAACCACGAUCAAAGGCACAGAAAUGAUGCCGAAAAAUUACGACUGGAUGAUAGAAACCUUGAAAAAGAAAUACGACAAUGUCAACAUCGCGCGGGCGAACAUAACUCAUCGCCUAUCAAAUCUUCAGCAUACGAAAGACAACACAGGCGAAACGGUUUUUUAUGGGUUACGUUCAUUAGUGAAUGAAAUGGUUUCAUCGGGCUAUAACGUUAUAGUAACACGUGACCCGAUGUGGACUGAAGCAUUCUGCAGAGACUCCCUAAGCACAUCGUUGAAGAGUUCUUACGAGAAAACAAAGACGGGGAAUCGUUCACAAUCGGUGAGACGUUAG